CUAUUGACAAUUUUGUCGUGUUGUGUGGCGUCCCGUCUAUUUAUCUUUGGUGUUUUAUUGUUAUUUACAGCUUUUUUACAAUUACUUUUAUUACGACAUGUAUUAGUGCAUAAGCUUAGCAUUAAAUUAUUGGCAUUGAGAUUUUAUCAUAAGGUUAACAAUAAAAACGAGUAUAAGCGGGCUAUAUUGAAAGAUGGACCGUAACAAUAUGAGAUCAAGCUAUGUAAACAGUGGUCCUCGUUCCUUACCACACAUGACUGGAAGCAAACGCCAUAAUGGAAAUGGACAUAACAGUAAUGGACAUAACGGAAACAAUCAUGGAAACGGACACAACAGUAAUGGCUACAGUGGUAAUGGGCAUAACGGAGCACGUCUCAGUCCACCAAUGCAACCGCAGCAAGUCAACGCACACAAUAAUAACAAUAACACCAAUCAACAUGAUGAUCUCAUAAAUUAUAUAUUUGAAUCAUGGAAUAAGGUGACAAGGGAUUUGGAACGAGGCGGCGAAGAGGCAAAGUAUUAUCAGGAAGUGAUGGCUCCACGCCAGCUAGCUAACUUUAGGCCUUUCAACUUGGAGCAGUGGUGGGGCCGCCGUCUCAUGCAGAGUAUAAACCGUAAUAAGCAUCGAUCUUAGUUCCCAACACGGCAAUAACUUUUAUAAUGUUUCAUUUCAUUGGCACUCAAACUCAAAUGAAAUUAUUGAUCUUAUAGGAAUGUUCUCAUGUGUUUACUUAUUACUUACUUAUUUUGUGUGGCCUUG